CCAUCAUCCAAGAAAAAAAAGGGGGAAAAAAAAGAAAAAGAAAAAAAAAAAAAAGGAAAGGCGGUUCCAUGCUGGUUUUUGAUUGUUAGGCCGACCUAGGGUUUUGAAACACGACUGCAUCAGAAGAUUUGAGGAAAGAAAAGAAGGAAGACGAAGAAGAACAAGAACAAGAACAAGAACAAGGCCAAGGCUAAUCAUCUGUCGACUCUUCUCUCUCCCUCCCUCUCUUCGAUCCAGUUCAUUAGGUUGUGGGCACAAAUGAGUAAUGGUCUUGAUGGGCCGGAGACAUAAUGAUGAACCAAAGAUUGAUUUUGAAGAAAGUGAAAGUGGACAUGAAUGGGAUAAAAGGGAGAGGGACCGGUGCAAGUGUUGUGUGUUUUCCUUGCCAUGCUGUGCAAUUGGACAAUUUUCAUAUGUGAAAGUAUAGUCCUUUCAAAGAAGAAACAAAGGGUUUGCCAAUUGUCAUCAAUGGCUCGGUUUCUCUGAGAUAUUGCCAAGACUAAGUCGUAUAUUACUGUUAAAUUUGAACUUUUGGAUUUAUAUCUGUGGAUAGGGAUUGAUCCUGUGGGUAGAAAUGGAAAUGAAGUUCGCAAAGGUAUUGGAUAGUCGCCGUAGAGUUGUGGUUGACUUGAAGAGAAAGCGGGCAGCCCGAUGCGAAGCAUAUUUCACCAGCACAGCCCGCAACGUGUUAUCAAAGCGGGCCACCUUGAAUUCUUCCAUUCAUAAACUUGGCAAGCGGAAGAAAUUGGAUGGAUCCAAAAGCAAAUGUGGUUGCUGUGCUUCUCAAUUAAAAAAAUCUUUACUUCAAUAUUAUUCCAAUUUUAUACAAAGUGGGAUCCCGCAACGUUUGAUGUUUUAUCAGAAUGGCGAAUGGAGUGAUUUUCCUCAGGAUUUUGUUGGUUUGAUUAAGAAAGAUUUUCAGGUGAAGAAGGCAGUCACUGAGGUGGAGUUUAAUGGUCAUCCUGUUGUCCUAGAUUUUCUGCAUAUGAUGAGAUUGGACUUGAAGACGGGUUCACAGCAGCCUAUUUCUUGGAUUGAUGAAACAGGUAAAUGUUUCUUUCCAGAAAACUUUUCUGGCGAUGACGAACUCCAUGAGUGCUGCCGCCAUGACUUUGAGAAAGAUCAGGAGCAUCUGUUUUCAGAGCCUCAUGGCUACCAGGAUAUCAGGCUGCAGCUUGAGAUCGAAGUGAAUGGAUCAGAUUUUUCUAAAUUCAAGGAAUAUAGUGGAGAGUCAAAUGCGCUUGUUAAGCAAAUUCAAGUUGAUGAGAAUCCCACCAGUGACCAUUGCGAUGCAGAAGUUGAGGAUAGUUGUGUGAGAGCAUCUGAUACAAAAGUUGAUGCAGCCGUUGGGGGAAAUCAACAGAUAGAGAAAAACCUGGUUGCCAGUAUUGAUGCUAUACACGGAGCUAUGGAAUCUGACAUUGUAAGGAAAAUAUUUUUCAUGGGUAUGGGUUCAUCUUCUAUUGCAGACAUUGUUGACCUAUAUCAAGGCUCGAGUACUUUGAUGCAAGCUCAAUUGGAGCAGUUCCACAAGCAGGUUGAAAUCACCAAAAAAUAUCGUGGGGAUGCAAAUGUUCGAUAUGCUUGGCUUCCUUCUACUAAAGGAUUGCUGUCUAGUAUCAUGAAUUACGGGCUUGGGCAUUAUGGAACAUCUGAAAUUAAAACUGCAUAUGGCAUUGGUGUUCAUCUUUCACCUGCAAAUUGCACUAUUACCAGUGCAAGUUAUUGUGAUGUUGACGAAAAUGGGGUGCGACACAUGGUGUUUUGUCGUGUAAUAAUGGGAAACAUGGAGCUUGUUCAUGCAGGAUCUAAACAGUUCCAUCCCAGUAGUGAGCACUUUGAUAGUGGAGUUGAUGAUCUUCAAAAUCCAAGACAUUACAUAGUAUGGAAUAUGAAGAAGAAUGCUCAUAUUUACCCAGAAUACGCUGUUAGUUUCAAGGUGUCUUCUGAUGCUGAAGGUUUUCUGGUUAGAAAUGAGAACAACCUCGAUAUUUUGGGAGUCACUACUUGUUCUCCAGAGUCCCGGGUCCAGUUAUGGUUAGAUUCAUCUCCAGCUCAAUUAGGAUUUAAUUGCCAUCAGGUUCCCGUUGAGAGGCCUCAAGGGAAUGCUGUUAAUCUGGGUUUAAGCACUACAAAGAUUCCUAGGUCCCCUUGGAUGCCUUUCCCAAUGUUGUUUGCAGCCAUCUCAAACAAGGUCCCUCCGAAAGACAUGAAACUAGUUGAAACUAAUUAUGAGUUGUUCAGGAUGAAGAAGAUCACUCGGAAUGAUUUUGUUCAAAAGUUGAGGUUGAUAGUUGGAGAUAACGUGCUGAGGUCCACAAUAACCAAUCUUCAGCCUAAGGAAAACAACAAAACUCCAUUUGGAAAUGAUGGCAAGCAAGGCACUGUAAAGGUUGGAUUUGGCAUGGAUCAGGUAAUGUCAAAUUUCAAGAGUGAAUUGGUUGCACCUAAACAAGAGCUAGGAAGUUCAGAUGGCCUCUAAAUGACCACACACCUAUUGUUUUUUUUUUUGGGUGUGGUCUGUUAGGCUCUUUUAAGGACUGCGGAGUUUCAUAUAUUUGGUGACAACGUAUUUGAUGCUUUUGUGGUAUAAAUGUGUCAACAUGAACAUGUGAAUAUUUAGUUUAACUGUUGAAUAGCUUUAGGUUUGAAGUACUAUGUUAAACUCAUUGAAGUUUUCUUCUCUUAUUGAUUCCUGAUUUCAGUUUA